ACACCGGGUAAACUUAACACUUUUUUGAAGUAAAGUGUAAAUAAGCUCAAACUUCCCAAUAUUGCUACUGGAAACAUGUACUCCCUCCAUCCGGAAUUACUUGUCGCAUAAAUGGACCAUUUGAGGGAGUAGUAUUUACUGAUUUUUUUUAAAUAUUAAAUUUUGAACCAAAACUUGGAUCAUUUAAGCCAAAUAGCCAUUAUAUCCCGAUCCUUCUGUCCAAAGAAGCUCAAAAUUUUCCAGAUUAGUGUAGUGAUCUAAACACUCAUAUAUUUCUUUACAGCGGAAGUAGUAUUUAUUGGAUUGUUUUUCAGUUUUUUUCUAAAAAUCAAAAUUUGAACCAAAACUUUGGCAUUGCCAAUAUAGACAACCAAUAGAGAUCGAACUGGUGAACGCGCUAAGAAACUGGUGGGUUUUUUUUAGGGCUCACAAAAACCUUAUUAAAUUGUAGAACUAAUAUUCAUAUAAAUGCCAUCAGGUGCUGAACCAGGCCAUGACGGCCAGGUAGUAACGAAAUAGAAGAACGAGCUAAACAUGAGCUUCUCUAUUAUUAUUCCUACUUCCAUGUAUGAAGUUGAUUGCCACCAAAGCCGCACGGGGGGAGGGGGGAGCAGGAGGGGGAGGGCUGCAGCCCUUGUUGCGUUUGGGAUGUGCUGUUGACUAGUAGUAAAAUGAAAUUUUCCCAUUUUCUUGUUUGUAUAUCCUUAUUCUAUUUUUUUAAUUAAAUUUCUACUUUGUAGCUGUCGCACAAGUUGUUAUUUAUUUGGGCAGGCUUGAGCCCAUCCAAGCCCGACCCUCAGAUUCAGGUUAACCUUGAGGAUUUUUAAGAAUACAAGGGUUUGUGAAGAUUUCCAUGCCGGGUCCAGUUAUAGCACCGUCAUGGGCUCAGGUUGCAAGAGUGCAUCGCCUCGAUGCCAAGUUUUCUCACCAUGAUGUGCGUCGCCAACCUCGCCGAAUCAUCCUUCUACCAUCAGGAACAACUGAAGCCAAGGCACGAACCACCAGCGGAUCCGACGACCUCAAAGCACACCACUUACAUCUGCGGCCACCACGAGGCCCACCGCCACCAGAUCGGAGUCGGACACCCCAAGGCAUGUUCAGACUCCAGAGACGAAGUCAAGCUAAAGUUGUUAAUUGUUAAGUGCCCAAUGAUUGCUGGUUCAGAUAAGAAGCAUUGGGAGGAUAAGCAUUAUACAUACUGCAGGCUUGGGGCGGGCUAUGCAAAUAUCCUGGUCAUGUUUUUCUCCUCGCAUGAGCUUUUAUGCCACCGCUAUUCCGGUCUGCUCGGUGAAAGCAUGGUGUCGUUAGUUUUCAGCUAAAUUACACAAUGAAAUGGAAUCAGAUAUUGAUAGAUGUCUUGUACCGAUGCAACAGUUAUACUGCUAUAUGUUCUACCUACAGAAGUCAAAUUUGACAGAGUUAAUCCUUAGAAACCCCAUCUUAUUAUCAUGGGCACAUAUUAAUUGAACGAUGGUGUUCAAACAAUAAAAAAACUAAUAACUAUUUCUUGACCAGGUGGUAUACACAAUGUCCAGAUAUUUUGCCUUGCCAUCACAUUGUACAUUUCCGUACACUUGUGUACAUAAUCAAGCUAAAGUCAUAUGGAACAAAGUGGAGUGAGUGUGCCAAGGAGUGGCCAAGCUGAACAGAGGGUGUAGCAGGAUGCAACAAGCACUCUAGGUGCUCUUCCAGCUGAGAUGCUGCCGCUCAUUUGGAAGCUUUCGCAGAAAAGGAACAUUUCGGGCAAUGAGGAGCUGCAAAAUGGGAGAUGGAUGAUUGGGUUGCUUCGCAUGUACACGGAAGACGAGAUCCAUCAGAUCCUGGGGCUAUGGGAGUAGCUUCAAUAUGCAAGACUCUGAGGACGCCUUCUCCUGGAAGCUGACAAGCAAUGGAGUUUACUCUGACAAGGCCGCUUACGACGCCCAGUUCAUUGGCUGAAUUAAGCAAUCGGAACUGAGCUGGGCGUGGAGGAAAAGAGUGGAAGGAAAGAUCAAGUUUUUCAUUUGGCUUCUGCUCCAAAACAUAAACUGUACCACGGAUAGGCUCCUGCUUCGCUGCUCCUUCUCUAAGCAGACUUGACAAUUAUUCUCUGGAACAAACCCUGAGUGACGCUGGGCACUCCUUUCUUUCUCUGUUUUCUUCUUCCUUUCUUUUAUUUUCUUUGCUCCGCUCCCUCCCGGAGCGUCUGUAAGCUGCUUGCAGCUAGUGUGCAGUUUUCCCCCAUAUGAAAUGCAAUGGCAGAGCUCCUGCUGACUUCG